GUCUGUGCAUCAUCGGGUCUGUGGCUGUCUGCAUUAGAGUGUGCAUGUGUGUGAGCAUCAGUGUUUGUCAGUGCAGAAAAGUUGAGGGACCGUGAUCUGUCAUGAGGCCGAAGACAUUCCCUGCUGCCCCUUACGUGGGGAACACACGUCAGCGUCUGCAGGAGAUCAAGGAGGGGCUGAAGCAGCCCGCCAAACUGGUGAGCCAGGCUCUGCACGGUGGCCCACGAGCCGAGGGUGGCCGAGGCGGGGACUGCAAGGGAAAGGACCCCGCUGGCAGGCAGCAGCAACUGCGGCCACCCCAGAAGUUCAACAACUACCAGAAUGCCCUGCGCGAGAUUCGCAAGUCCCUGAUGCCCUUUGCCAACGACUCCGGCCCUCCUUCCAGCUCCACCCAUGCUGGUGGGGAGGUCAACCGGCAGAUGCUGCAAGAUCUGGUCAAUGCCGGCUGCGACCAGGAGAUGGCAGUGCGCGCCCUGAAGCAGACAGGGAGCAGAAACAUUGAAGCAGCGCUGGAGUUCAUCAGUAAAAUGGGUUACCUGGACCCUCGCAACGAGCAGAUCGUUCGUGUCAUCAAGCAAACUUCACCUGGAAAAGGAGGCUUACCAAACUCUGUGGACCACAGACCAUCAUUAGAGGGAACAAGUGAUGGUGCCAUGCCCCCCUACCACCAGAUGGGGGCGCCUCUGUAUGAAGGGGCGGGAUAUGGGGUGGAGAGUGCUAAUGGGCUAGGGGAGAUCCCCCGACCCUACAUGGGCAACCCAGUCAUGAACUACAUGAUGCCCUCUUCUUCUGCACAGGGUGCCACCAUGGGAAACCCCAUGGGCAGGCCUGCGAGCAUGGGCCCUUACCCCCCCACCCUUUCUGCUCAGAACCCCCCAGGGAACCCCAUGUUCCCUCCCACUGCCCAGCAGAAGGCGUAUCCAGGCAACGUGGAGCAGGCCAUGAUGAGUUACCCCGUUCCCGGCCAGCCCCUGCAGCUCCAGCCUCCGCCACCAGGUGGCCCCGGUGGGCCCCACUACGACUACGGUCGUGGGCCGCAUCUGAUGGAGCCCUCUGGUUACGGCGUUCAGAGGAGCUCCUCCUUCCAGAACAAGAUGACGCCGCAGUCUGAUAACUAUGUCAACGUGCAGGGCAAAGGGCCCCUGGGCCAAAAUGGUGGCGGGUACCCCCCCAACCUAUACCUGUCACCCCACUCCCACCCCCGGCAGUCCAGCCCCACCUCCCACCAGGUCCACAUGCUCUCCCGCUCCCCGGCGGGCGCGGUAGCCAUGGGGUCAGACUUCCCUGAUAUCCCCCAGGCCCUGCUCACGCCCUCCAGGGCCAGCGUCAAUCUAGACCUGUAUGACCACCACUGGGGCGCGCAGGGCCCCCUCAACCCCGAAGGAGCCCCCGCCCGGCAGCCCCAGGGGCCCUUCAGAGGGGAGGUGCGCAUACCCAGCAGGACCAACUCCUUCAACAACCACCAGAAGGUCAAUGUCGCCGUGAGGCAGAGCAUGCCCCCCGCUGCUAAGCAAGACCCCGCCCUGGGGCCUCCCAACACUAUCACCGCGGUGACAUCCCCGCCCAUCCAGCAACCUGUGAAGAGCAUCCGGGUGAUGAGGCCGGAGCCCAAGACCGCUGUGGGGCCAUGUCACCCCGGCUGGCUGGGCACCCAGGCACAGGACGCGCCCGAUUCGCACGCCUACGCCACCGGCGAUGCCUACGCCCUAGAGCCGAGCGAGUACUGCAACCCAGAGCCACGGUGCCCGCCCCCGCCUUACCCAAAAACCCUGAUGCUGACAGGGGCUGCCGCCGAGCCCAUGCCCCUGGAGGGGAGUGCCAUGUGUGCCACCGCGGAGCUGCCCCCUUCCAGGCCCCUCCCGGAGGAGACCCUCGCCACGGACAAGGCCAAAGCUGGCAAGGCCGAGAAGGCUGUGAAGGACAAGAAGCAGAUCCAGACGUCCCCUGUGCCGGUGAGGAAGAACGCGCGAGACGAGGAGAAGAGGGAGUCGCGCAUCAAGAGCUACUCGCCCUUCGCGUUCAAGUUCUAUAUGGAGCAGCACGUGGAGAACAUCAUGAAGACCUACCAGCAGAAGCUGAACAGGAGAAUGCAGCUGGAGCAGGAGAUGUCUAAGGCGGGCCUUUCAGAAGCCGAACAGGAGCAGAUGAGGAAGAUGCUGUACCAGAAAGAGUCCAACUACAACCGCCUGAAGAGGGCCAAGAUGGACAAGUCCAUGUUUGUGAAGAUCAAGACCCUGGGCAUCGGGGCCUUCGGUGAGGUGUGCCUGACCCGCAAGGUGGACACGGGCGCCCUGUACGCCAUGAAGACGCUGCGCAAGAAGGACGUGCUGAACCGCAACCAGGUGGCACACGUCAAGGCCGAGAGAGACAUCCUGGCGGAGGCCGACAACGAGUGGGUGGUGCGCCUCUACUACUCCUUCCAGGACAAGGACAGCCUGUACUUCGUCAUGGACUACAUCCCCGGGGGGGACAUGAUGAGCCUGCUCAUCCGCAUGGGUGUCUUCCCCGAGGAGCUGGCCCGCUUCUACGUGGCCGAGCUGACGCUGGCCAUCGAAAGCGUCCACCGGAUGGGCUUCAUCCACCGCGACAUCAAGCCCGACAACAUCCUCAUCGACCUGGACGGCCACAUCAAGCUCACCGACUUCGGCCUCUGCACCGGCUUCCGCUGGACCCACAACUCCAAGUACUACCAGAAAGGGAGUCACAUAAGGCAAGACAGCAUGGAGCCCAGUGACUUCUGGGAUGAUGUGUCCAACUGUCGCUGUGGCGACCGGCUGAUGACGCUGGAGCAGAGGGCGACCCGGCAGCACCAGCGCUGCCUCGCCCACUCCCUGGUGGGCACGCCCAACUACAUUGCUCCCGAGGUGCUGCUGCGCAAAGGAUACACCCAGCUGUGUGACUGGUGGAGUGUGGGGGUAAUCCUAUUCGAGAUGCUGGUUGGCCAGCCCCCGUUUCUGGCCCCUACUCCCACAGAGACCCAGAUAAAGGUGAUCAACUGGGAGAGCACGUUGCAGGUGCCCCCGCAGGUGAAGCUAAGUCCCGAGGCCGUGGACUUCAUCGGCAGGCUCUGCUGCUCGGCUGAGGAGCGGCUCGGGGGGAACGGGGCUGACGAGAUCAAGGCCCACCCCUUCCUGAACAAGAUGGACUUCUCCAGUAACCUGCGCACCCAGCCCGCCCCCUACCGACCCAAGAUCAGCCACCCCAUGGACACCUCCAACUUCGACCCCGUGGAGGAGGACGGCCCCGGCGCGUGGAGCGGCAGCGGGGACAGCGCCAAGGCCUGGGACACGCUGGGCUCCCUGCACGGAAAGCACCCCGAGCACGCCUUCUACGAGUUCACCUUCCGCAGGUUCUUCGAUGACAACGGCUGCCCCUUCCGCUACCCCAAGCCCCCCGAGCCGGCCCCGUCCCCUAGCAGCAGCAGCAGCGCCUCGGUCCCAGGGGAGGAACAGGCGGAGGGGUGCGAGCCUGUUUAUGUGUAGAGAUGCCCACAUGCCCUGCCUGGCACCCAUGGGCUCUUACUUCAGCUGAUAUACAUACAUCCCAUGGCCUCGCACCAACAGCAUACCCCCAGUGCACCUAUGUGUGUGUGUGUGUGUGUGUGUGAGUGCAUGCGCGCACCUGUGUCUGUGUGUGUGUGUGAGGACCGCCCUGUAGGGUCUCUCACCCUUUGAGAGGUGCACCUGCUUCAUCCCUCAGCUGGACAGCUGAGCUGUGGGAAAAGGACUUGUCUUUUACAGCUAAAUGACAAUCAAUUGACCAUCAUGAACCAAAUUGUUACUAUGACAAUACAAUGUGGGACCAAGCAGCAAAGGUCAAGGAGGAGAACAUGCACAAAAAGUCUUGAGAGAUUUUGUUAAGCAAUUCACAGAGAGUUGAGGUCAGAAAUUCAGUUGGACAAGAGGGGUCUGAUCUUGGUCAGAGCGUACCGUGACAUUCAUUGCAGUCCACUCUGAGUGCUCACAUAAACUUGCUGUUGUAUUACUAUUACACUGUGAUCCUCAGAUCAGCAGUAAAAGUCCAUUUCAGCCAAAACAUGGACUUCCCCCUCACCUUUAUGGAUCAGACUGGACUAUUACACUGUCUCUACAUGACCAAGAACAGGUUCUGACUGAGCAGCUUUCCAGUCUUAUUUAAUUUCUUUUGUCAGGCCCAUGUAUAUGACAGUAUAUCUGAGAGCAGAGGAGUAGAUGUGGUCAGAGAGAUCGACCCUGCGGCUGCCCGGUGCUCUCAGGUGCCUGAGGGCCUGAUGGUCUGACGUGGAGUCUUUUCCAAUGAGGGGUGCUCCUGAUGCAAGGAACAUAUUCUGAGCAAUACUUCAUCCUCCUGUUUGUCUUGCCAUCACAGGCAGCUGGGAAUGUUGAGCAAAUUACCACUUUUUUUUUUUAAUUCUGCAGCAAAACUGAAAUAAGCUACCGUAACAAUAUUGGGUCUUAAAGUUUUAGAACAGGUCACAGUGUUCAGAAUCGCAGAUACGGUCCAGCAUAUGCAUCUUCCCGAAUGAAAAUGGGCGGACUCAUGUGUACACACAGUACUGAGUGAUAGUACUGACAGCUCAUCUCCAAACAGAGGCAAAGAACGGGACCUACAGAACAUGGAGAACUCACCCCACACUGACCCGCCCCUUCAGUACGUGACUCUGGCAAACCAUGUUGCUGCUUUUCUGAUUGCAUCUCCUCCCACCAAGCAUUGUUUUGACAUUGGUUUGAAGUUUCCAUGGGAACAGUGUCUGAAUGUGAUAUGAAAGAGUGGUCUCGAUGUGGCUGCCAGUCUUACAGGGAACCUUGGGCUGUUUCAACACUUAACUUCGUCUUUGCAGAUGCCGCAUGAAAUUCAAUCAGUUUUCCAAAGUGAAACUGGGAAGGAGCGUUUGUUUGGACCUAUCAAGCAGGCAUGUCUAGCCAAAGAUUAACCCUGAGUUUAACUAAUAAAUUAUCAUUUUGUAUCUCUUUUUUUUUUUUUACAAAUAGACUGUCAUCAUUUUAUUUCUUGACAAAGAUAAUCCCAAGGUUCUCCUAAGUCCACCUCACUGAGCACCCUGAGGCAUGGCAGUUUCCCUUGUAUUUCUGAACUAAUAUUCCAAUCUUCAGUUAUAUUUAUGAAUAUAAUUCAGG